AUCAGCCACCUAAGGACCAUCAAAAUGAGUGACAAACAGCUUCAGGUUCCUCCAGCUUCAAACCAGGGUCCCACCACCCCACGCAAAGGUCCUCCCAAGUUCAAGCAGAGGCAGACUCGCCAGUUCAAGAGUAAACCACCUAAGAAAGGUGUGAAAGGGUUUGGAGAUGACAUUCCAGGCAUGGAGGGGCUAGGAACAGAUAUCACGGUGAUUUGUCCCUGGGAGGCGUUCAGCCACCUGGAGUUGCAUGAGCUCGCUCAGUUCGGGAUUAUAUGAUGCACCAGAGAGGUUUUGCCUCUUUCAACAGCAUCUGCUGUAACUUAAAUUACUUUUGCCCUAUUGACUUUUCAGAGUUUGAAGGUGGUUUCUUUGGCUUACAUGGUCAUUUCCCAUCACUUACCGCUAAGAGUUU